AUGCCUGAAUCCCCUACUAUGUUCGAUUGGUCAAAAGCAAAGUUCAACCCCAAUCUCUUUCUCCGUCCCGCGUCAAACCUCUGUCUUGUCUUAUCUUUCUUCUGGAGCGCAACGAUCCUAAUAUUCAUUAUCAAAGCCAACUUGACAUAUAAUCGUUUAUGGAGGUCUUUACCGGUCUUUGGUCUGACCAAUUUUCCCAUUCCAUCCAUAUGGUUUUCUCGUAUGACCAUGGACACGGUAAAUCAAUGUUGUGUACCCCUCACCAUCGAACUCAGCUUGUGGACCGCCAUAUGCGCUACAGGAACAUUAAAAUGGUGUAGCCCAUACGAGAGAAGAUUCGCAAUCGUAGCAUUCACAGCUACCGCUGUCCAAAUGAUCAUCUUCAUUAUCCAAGGAAUUCAUCUAUACAUCCUUCAACGAAAAUGUACCGCGAUCCCAAGAGAAAUUCGAAAAACUUUACAUCCCGGUUUUGAAGUUUACGAUAGGAACGAUCUUCGUCAACUUUAUGCUAUUCAGCGAAACCUUCAUUCGAAUAAACCUGGAGAAACGCAAUUGAUAGGGUUUCAUCGAUUAGCAUCAAGUGCAAGUGUCGCGGGUGAAGAAUUGACCAUUGGUGAUUCUAUAGCUCGUUCAGAAGUACCGGAAUCAAUAACGAGUAUUACAGCUUCUUAUGCUUCUGAUACUUCGGGAAGAAAUCGAGGCAAGAAGGGAAGAGAUAAUGAGAAAGAAAAUAUAGAAUUGACACCUAUGAAAGGGGAAAAGAUGACAGGAGAGAAUAAGGGUGUGAAAGGGAAAGACAAAACCCCACAAGAAACUAAGAAAAGUAAAGGGAAAGGAAAAGGGAAACUAAAAGAAAGUCCUGCUCCUUCUAGUCCUCCAACAGUCGGAUCACAAGGUCCACCACAUUUAUCACCAUUACGUUUCAGAGAUACGAAUGAACAAGAUGAUGGAUGGGGUCCACGUAGACGUACGAGGACUACUUCAGGUGAAGGAAUGUUAAGAGAUAGACAAGCAGCAAAUAAAGAUGGUGAUGAUUAUAAAACGACGGAUAGAGUCACAGUUAGAGAAGCUGAACAAAUGGUCACUCAAACUAGUCAUCGUAUCUCUCCAACGGCAUCACAUUUCGCUCCUGGUAUAUCCGGUCAAAGAACAGGUAGUCAAUUUGUUGGUGGUGUUGGAUUAGGUUUUAAUAAAGAGUCAAUGGAGUAUUACAGGAGGAAAUCGGAAGAAUUGAAUAGAACGAGAGAAGAGAGGAAAGAGUUUGGAAGAUCAUCUUUGACAAUUUUGGAUGAGAAGGGUAGAGGGAAUGGAAUGGGUGUUGUCAGUGGUGAUGAUCCUCUUUCCAAUACACCUCGUUCGGAUUAUUCACCAACUAAAAAAGGAGAUCCUUCGCGUAAAGUGGAAUUCCCAACGACAAUCGUUCAUCCAGCUUCGCCUAGUGAUACACCUCUAGCGGCGAUGAGUAGCGUGUUUGUGUUGGAGGAUGAACAGAGUGAACCGAGUGUAUAUUCGCAAGUCACGUACGAUCCGAAAUCAAAUGUGGGAACAUGA